AUGAAUGAAUGGGUUGUAGUUAGCAACAAAGGAAAGGAAAAGGUGAACUCCUAUAUAGCUCCGGUGGUAUUACCCAACCCCAAACCCAAGACCAAUGCAAGUGCAUCUUCAGGUGGCUCCCCAGUAGUCCUAGUUAUGAUUGGGAUGCAAAUGCACACUCAAAAUAUCUUUAAUGCCCUCUUAGGAAAAGGAAACAACCUUGAUCCUCUCAUGGCAUCACCUGAUCUCAACCCAUUGGGCAGUAAAUUCACAAUAGUGGGUGAGGUGGCCAAGAAACUCGAGCUUUCAAUAAGCUCCUGUAGUAGUAAUUGUAAGAAAAAGAAAGGAAAAGGGAAUAGUCCCACAG